GUUCAUAAAACAAGUGGAUACAAUGUGGGGAAAGAUUUAUUGCUGUGCGAUUGCUGCCCUGCUGGUAGUAACGGCCUGGGCUGCACCCCACGAAGGUCACGACCAUGGGGGCCACACACCCGAUCACCACCACCAUCUCCACCAUGGGAAGGAUGAACCCCACCCCAGCCACGAGGGGUCCAGCGAUGCCUGCCACCUGCUUUCUCCCCACAACGCUGACUUCGCCUUCUCUCUCUACAAGAAACUUGCAUUCCAUCCUGAUGCCCAGGGCAAGAACAUUUUCUUCUCCCCGGUCGGGAUCUCAAUGGCUUUGAGCAUGCUGGCUCUAGGUGCCAAGGGCAGCACUCAUUCACAGAUAUACAGCAGUCUGGGUUAUGGUGGGUUGAAGCCUGAGCAGGUCGAUGAGGGUUAUGAGCACUUGCUCCACAUGCUGGGCCACAGCCAGGACGCCAUGCAGCUGGAGGCAGGAGCUGGUGUGGCCAUCAGAGAAGGCUUCAAGGUGGUGGACAAGUUCCUGAAGGAUGCCCAGCACUACUACAAGAGUGAAGCCUUUAGCGUUGACUUCUCCAAGCCUGAAAUUGCUGAAGAGGAGAUUAACAAGUUCAUCGCCAAAAAAACCCAUGACAAGAUAACCAGCAUGGUGAAGGGUCUGGACUCAGAUACGGCGAUGAUGCUGAUUACCUAUAUGUACUUCAGAGGCAAAUGGGACAAGCCAUUUGAUGCAACACUGACCCACAAAGCUGACUUCAAAGUGGACAAGGACACCACCGUGCAAGUUGACAUGAUGAAAAGAACCGGCCGCUAUGACAUUUAUCAAGACCCUAUCAACCAAACUACGGUCAUGAUGGUGCCUUACAAAGGCAAUACUUCCAUGAUGAUCGUUCUUCCUGAGGAUGGGAAGAUGAAGGAGAUGGAAGAAUCCAUCUGCAGACACCAUAUUAAGAGCUGGCACGAAAAACUCUUCAGAAGUUCUGUGGACCUGUUUAUGCCCAAAUUCUCCAUCUCUGCAACUUCCAAACUGGACGACAUUCUGAAGGAGAUGGGAAUAACUGAUGCAUUCGGUGACGCAGCAGAUUUAUCCGGGAUCACAGAAGAAGUCAAAGUCAAGGUGUCACAGGUUGUCCAUCAGGCAGUCCUCAGCGUGGACGAGAAGGGCACAGAGGCAGCAGCUGCAACCACAAUAGAAAUAAUGCCCAUGUCCCUACCAGACACCGUGGUGCUCAGCCGACCUUUCCUUGUUCUGAUUGUAGAGGACAGCACCAAGAGCAUCCUCUUCAUGGGCAAGAUCACCGAUCCUACUGUGUGAGAUCUUACUCCACCCAUAACUUGCCAGCCCUCUGCGUAAGGCUGCUAAUCUUUGUGUAGAUCUUAUUGUAAACUGCAAUAAAUGUUGAUUUGAUUGUAA